AUGACUGUCAAUUGCUCUCUGUGGCAGGAGAACAGCUUGUCUGUCAAACGCUUUGUAUUUGCCAAGUUCUCUGAGGACCCUGGAGAAUGCUUCCUCCUGUUCAUCUUCAUCCUCUUCAUGUUCCUGGCAUCACUGACAGGAAACACACUCAUAGCCCUCGCUAUUUGCACCAGUCCAGCUCUACACACACCCAUGUACUUUUUCCUGGCCAACUUGUCUCUCCUGGAGAUUGGCUACACUUGCUCUGUCAUACCCAAGAUGCUGCAGAGCCUUGUGACUGAGGCGCGAGGGAUUUCUCGAGAGGGUUGUGCCACACAGAUAUUUUUCUUCACAUUCUUUGGAAUAACUGAGUGCUGCCUCUUGGCAGCCAUGGCCUUUGACCGCUACAUGGCCAUAUGCUCCCCACUCCACUACGCAACAUGAAUGAGUCAUGUGGCAUGUGCCCAUUUGGCAAUGGUUUCAUGGGGAAUGGGAUGCAUAGUAGGGUUGGGACAGACCAAUUUUAUUUUUUCUUGGGACCUCUGUGGUCCCUGUGAGAUAGACCACUUCUUCUGCGACCUUUCACCUCUCCUGGCACUUGCUUGUGGAGAUACAUCCCAUAACGAGGCUGCAGUUUUUGUGGCAGCAAUCCUCUGCAUAUCCAGUCCAUUUUUACUGAUCAUUUCUUCCUAUGUCAGAAUUCUGAUUUUAGUGCUGGUGAUGCCGUCACCUGAGGGACGCCAUAAAAUUCUCUCUACCUGUUCUUCCCACCUACUUGUAGUCACACUCUUCUAUGGCUCAGGAUCCAUUACUUACUUGAGGCCCAAGGCGAGCCACUCACCAGGAACAGAUAAAUUCUUGGCCCUCUUCUAUACAGCGGUGACAUCCAUGCUGAACCCUAUCAUCUAUAGUUUACGGAACAAGGAAGUCAAAGCAGCACUGAGGAGAACUCUGGGCCUGAGAAAUACUCUAACAAUGAAUAGGUAA